AUGGGUCUUCGUCCCUUGAUCAAGAGGGGCCGGGCGGUCAUGCGCCGCUUGGGCGCCGACAGCAAGGCUGAUACCGCGACUAGUUCUUCGGUUGAAUCUACCGAGGGGGCUACGUUCGAGGAAGCCAAGAGAGAGCCUACUGUUGAGGCUAUGACCACGGCUCAAGAACCGGAGCAGCCUUCCGACGAUCUUCAACAUGGUGUCCGCAAUGUCGAAGCCAUCACCAUGACCUGGUCCAAGACCACCUUGAUCUGUGUCUUUAUUAAUAUCUGGUUCCUCUACUUCGUCAAUGCCUUCCAGUCAUCCGUGUUCGGGAGUUUGAGCCCGUACAUUUCCAGCUCUUUCCAGGCUCACUCCUUGUCCGGUGUUCCCUCGGCUCUCGCUGAUGCUGUUACUGCGGCUUGUUACCUGCCUGUUGGAAAGCUCAUGGAUACCUGGGGCCGUGCUCAGGGUUUCCUUUUGAUGACUAUCUGCGCUACUCUUGGUCUGAUUCUGUUCGCCUCGUGUAACAGCUUCGCCAUCUACUGUGUCGGAUACAUGUUCUACCAGCUUGGUUUCAGCGGAAUGGAGUAUUGCGUCGAUGUCAUCACCGCCGAUUCCUCUACCUUGAAGAACCGAGGUCUAGCAUUCGCCUUCACCUCAUCGCCCUAUAUUAUCACCGCCUUUGCUGGCCCCAAGGUUGCCGAUGAGUUCUUAUACCAAGUAAGCUGGCGUUGGGGUAUUGGCUGUUGGGCCAUCAUUUUCCCCAUCGUCGCGGCGCCACUAUAUUUCAUGCUCCAGAGCAAUUUGAACAAGGCUGUUGAGCAGGGACAUGUCCUGAGACAGUCUAGCGGCCGCACGUUCUUGCAGAGCGUCUGGUAUUGGACCAUGCAGUUUGAUCUGCCCGGUGUUGUCAUGUUCACAAUCGGUCUCGUCUUGUUUGAGGUUCCCUUCGAUAUCGCCAGUGAGGCCCCUAAUGGCUGGGGCACCGGCUAUAUCAUUGCUAUGCUUGUUGUAGGAUUCUGCAUGCUUUUCUUGUUUGCCUUUUACGAAUGGAAGGUGGCCCCCGUGCCUCUUCUCCCUAUGGGAUUCUUGCUCGACCGGACGGUCAUUGGCGCCUGUCUCUUGGAUGCGACUUACCAGAUCUCCUACUACUGCUGGUACAACUACUUCACUUCCUUCUUGCAGGUUGUCAACAACGUGACUGUCGCUCAAGCUGGUUACAUCAGUAACACCUUUGACGUUGUCUCCGGAGUGCUUCUCAUCCUUGUCGGUUUCGUCAUUCGCAAGUCUGGCCGUUUCAAGUGGCUGCUCUACAUUUCCGUUCCUUUGUACCUUUUGUCGCAAGGUUUGAUGAUCUACUUCCGCAAGCCGAACAUGUCUGUUGGAUACCAGGUUAUGUGUCAGAUCUUCAUCUCCAUUGGUGGUUCGAUUUUCAUUAUCGUUGAGCAGCUGGCUAUUCUUGCUGCCGUAGAUCACCAGCACGUCGCCGCAGCUCUGGCCUUGCUCAAUGUCGUUGGCACCAUCGGUGGCUCUGCUGGUUAUACUAUCUGCACAGCUAUCUGGACCAAUACCUUCGAGAAGGCGCUCAUCCGCUACCUUCCUGAAUCAGCUAUGUCGAGCUUGGAUGAUAUCUACGAGAAUCUCACCACGCAGAUCAGCUACCCAGUCGGAAGUGCGACAAGGACUGCUAUUCAGCAUGCCUACGGAUACACUGAAGUGCGUUUGCUGGCCGCUGGUCUGGGUAUCAUGGCUUUGGCCAUUGCUUGGACCAUGAUGAUCAGAGAUAUUGAUCUCAAGAAGAAACCCCAAGUCCACGGAACAGUCUUCUGA